UCCCUGCUUUAUGGUUCUCUCUCUACCCAAACGAUUGUUGCGUGUCCCUCUCCACACUCUCCUAGCUUUUGCCGCUUUGGGACUGACUUGGGUCACCACCCAACUCUCCCCUCCCCGAGAUCAUCAUCCAGGAUGGAUCCUGCUGGACACAAAAGGCAGAAACUUGGUGAUGAGCACACUAGCUCACCAGGGACCCAGUCUCAGUCAAACAUCUUCCUUCAUAAUAGACGUCUUCGUCUUCAGUUUCUUGAGCUAUUCAGUGAAUUGAAGGCUGGGAGUGCCACAAAAGAUCUGAAGUCAAUCAACAUCAAACGGCGUGAACUUAUGGGCAUCAUAGAAAGGCUACAAGUACCAAUCCAACAGCCUAAUGCCAGUCCAGUGCCCAAAUUUUCAGACGCAACACUAUAUGACUCUGGACUAAUUGCGAGCAAUUAUAGUUCAGAUAAUGUUAUCAACUUGGAUGCAGACGAAGACAAUGUUGAAUAUCAUUCCCAAGCUAAUGUGGGUAAUGUUGGGGUUGAUUCUACAGUUUCAGCAGUUGAUUCUGACAACAAGGACAGGGUUAAAUCCUGUCGAGAUGAGAGUUCAUCCUCUAAUGAUAAUGGUAGUUACACCCAAAAGCACAUGCUGGUUGAGCAGCAAGUCGGGCAUCAGGAUAUCAUCAGGCUGGAUAAUUGCAAUAGCAGUACUGAACCACAUGAUUUAUUUAAGCAACCGAAGGAUGGCAUGGACACCGGCAAUGUUUCUGCUGAGGAUGAUCUUGAAGAGAAAGGGAAGAUUCGAAGAAUGAUAAAGAAACAUGUUGGUUCCUAUGAAGUAUCUUGUGAAAUUGUACAAAAUGAACCACAGAGCAAAGAGAGUAAUCAUCACGAGAAAGACAGCUCGGUUGAUGAGUUGAAUGAUCUUUGGAUGGGUAUGUCAGUUGCAUUGGCAUUUUCAGAGCAGAUCAAUCAAGUUAAUCAGGGUAUAGUUCCAAUAGAGAGCAACUGUGAGGAAACAGAGGAUGCAUGUAAUCAUGACUUCCUGUUGAAAGAUGAUUUGGGCAUUGUGUGCCGUAUUUGUGGUCUGAUCCAGCAGCGCAUUGAGAAUAUUUUUGAGCAUUCAUGGAAAAAGCACAAGCAGUCAUACAGAACAAACCCAGCAAAAAACAGAAAGUCUAGUGAUCCAGAUCCAACUGAGAAUCCUUUAGGUACUAAUCUCAAUGUGUUCCCUGAUUCUCUGUCAAUCCAUCCUCGACAUUCACAACAGAUGAAACCUCACCAAGUGGAAGGUUUCAAUUUCUUGAUCAAGAAUCUGGCAGAUGAGAACAAUCCAGGAGGUUGUAUUCUAGCACAUGCGCCUGGCUCUGGAAAGACCUUUCUGCUGAUCAGUUUUAUCCACAGCUUUCUGGCCAGGUACCCUGCUGGGAGGCCAUUAAUUAUGCUUCCAAAGGGUAUCAUGGGAACAUGGAAAAGUGAAUUUCUCCGCUGGCAAGUUGAGAACAUUCCUUUGUAUGACUUUUACUCCUCUAAAGCUAAUAGCCGGUCUGAGCAGCGUAAAAUAUUGAAAUUGUGGGAAGAAAACAGAAGUAUAUUGCUGCUUGGCUAUCAGCAAUUUGCACACAUAAUUUCUGACGACUCUUCUGAUAGAGAAACUGUAAUGUGCAGAGAGAAACUGCUGAGGAUCCCUAGCCUUGUAAUUCUAGAUGAAGGCCACACCUCAAGAAACGACCAAACAGACUUGCUCAGUGCACUUGAAACUAUCCAAACUCCUCGAAAAGUGGUUCUAACAGGAACCUUGUUUCAGAACCACGUAAGUGAGGUUUUCAAUAUUUUGAACCUUGUACGACCGAAAUUCUUGAAGAUGCAGAGAUCCCGUGCAAUCAUGAAGCGUAUACUAAAUAAGGUGGACAUGUUAGGGACAAGUGUGCGAUCGAAAACCAUCUCUGAAAAGGUUUUCUAUGAAUUGAUUGAGCAGAACCUUCAGAAGGAUUCGAAAACAGUGAGAGUGAUGAUUAUACAGAAUCUACGAGAACUUACUGAGAAUAUACUCCACUAUUACCAAGGUGAGAUCUUGAAGGAGCUACCUGGACUUGUGGAUUUCACAGUUUUGCUAAAUAUGAGUACCAAACAGGAAGAUGUUGUCAAGGGUUUGGUAGGGUUGAAAAGAUUUGAAGCACAUGCAAAAAGCAAUGCUGUUUCUCUUCAUCCAUGCCUAAAGGAUGUCAAGAAUGUUGAUAAGAAAAAUAGAAACAUCUGCAAAAGGAAGAUGGAUUCGAUCGUACACAGAAUUGAUAUCAAUGAUGGGGUGAAGGCAAAGUUCAUAUACAAUCUGUUGUCGCUUUCAGAAGCUGCAGGAGAGAAGGUACUUGUGUUCAGCCAGUAUGUGCGCUCUCUAAAUUUCUUGGAAACGCUGUUCACCAAAAUGAAAGGAUGGAAAGCAGGAGUUAACACUUUCCUGAUGGAUGGGGGUUUAACUCAAGAGCAGCGAGAGCAAGCAGUUGAGAGAUUCAACAGCUCACCUGAAGCUAAAGUCUUCUUUGGUUCCAUCAAAGCAUGCGGGGAGGGUAUCUCCCUUGUUGGUGCAUCUCGUGUUGUCAUUUUGGAUGUCCAUGAGAAUCCUGCUGUGAUGCGGCAGGCGAUCGGGCGGGCGUUCAGACCAGGCCAGUCUAAAAUGGUGUACUGCUACCGCCUCGUUGCUGCUGGCUCGCCGGAGGAGGAGGAUCACCAUACUGCGUUCAAGAAAGAGCGAGUGUCAAAGCUGUGGUUCGAGUGGAACGAGCUUUGCAACAACGAGGAUUUUGAGCUCACCAAGGUUGAUGUUUCAGACUGCAAGGACAUGUUUCUUGAAAGCCCUGUGCUACAAGAGGACAUCAAAUCCCUGUUCAAGAGGUGAAUGCAUGCGUUGGAUGCUGACAGAGUGACAAACAACUUGAUGGUACUGUUGACUAGUCUAAGUGCUGGACAUUUGUAGUUAACGAACUAGGAGAGGAAGUGAAGCAGGUUCUUUUUUUUUUAAUCUUCAAGCAGGGUUUAUUUUUCGAGGAAAAAAAAGUUGAUCAUUAAACUUAAUUAGGUCACAUUCAGUCUAGGAGCACAACAUGCUGUAUACAUCUAGGAAUUUCUGUUAACCAAACCUCAGCUGAUAGCUUGUCUGGCAUGUUGUGCCAAUUCAUGCGCUACUUUAUUUUGCUCUC